AUGGCGGGUGCCGGUGCGGUGGGCUUCCCACGGGAGCUGAUGGUUCAGCGCAUCCAGAGCUUAGUGGAGGAGGGGUUCUGGGACGCGCUCCGCCGCCUCAAGCUCGACGUCCUCGGCACCGACGACUCCCCCAUCCCAAUCACCGGUUAUUAUACUCCACGCCAGCGUCGCCCGAUGGCAAGCUUCUUCAACCUACGGUCAGGAUCAUUAGUGCCGCCAUCUCACAAUUCUGUUGGCGACAGAAACAAUUGCCCAGUCCCAGGGACCCUCAUAAACACUAAUAACAUGAGGGGAUUUCAAAACCUAGAUAGAGUACAGCUUCUGAAAGCAGAAGCAAAGAAGAUCUUGCAAGACAUUGUGUCUGGUAAAGUGGAAGAGGAUCCUUCUGUUCUACUUAGGUUCCUUGUGACAUCAUUUGCCGAUUUGAAGAAUUGGAAGGUCUAUUACAAUGUUGCAUUCCCCUCAUUGGUUUUCAACUCAAGAAUGACCCUGCUCAGCCUGCAACCUGCCUCAAAAGUGCUCACUAAAGAAGAGGCAGCAUCCAUGCAUACAUCAUUGCAAAAGUGGCGCGCUUCUAGUGAAACAACAGUUAUUCCAUUCUUUCUGGUUAGUAUAUCCUCAGAUUCCUCUGCCUCUAUAAGACAACUUAAGGACUGGAAAGCUUGCCAGGGGAACUAUCAAAAGCUACUAUUUGGAUUUUAUGAUCAUGGGUGUCGCUCAGAUUUCCCUGGUUGGGUUAUUAGAAACUAUGUUGCCUUUCUGAGCAUCCGAUGGAAGAUUGAGAAAGUCCAGUUUUUCUGCUACCGUGAAUAUAAAGGGAACCCUGAUCUGGAACAGUCCCUCAUUGGUGAAGCGUCAUUUCCAUCACCUUGUGGUUGGGAUGACCCUGAUUUUCUACCUGAUGCUAUUGGAUGGGAAGGAAUAAACCCAGGGAAGGGAACAAAAGAAAUGAAACCAAAAGAAAUAGAUCUUCAAUCAAUGAAUCCAGCAAGUCAGGAUGAAGAAAAACAAUUGAUGCACUUAAAGCUUAUGGGGUGGCGCCACUUUCCUGUGAAUAUAGACAAGUUAUCUCAUGUUCGAGUUCUUCUUUUGGGUGCUGGAACUCUUGGAUGUGAAGUUGCUCGCCUUCUUAUGACCUGGGGAGUACGGAAACUAACGGUUGUUGAUAGUAAUAGUGUUGCAACGUCUGACCUUGUCAAGCAAUCACUCUACAUAGAUAAGGACUGUGGAGUUCCAAGAGUAACUGCAAUAGUUCCACAUCUAAAAGAAAGAUGUCCUGCAGUGGAUGUUGAAGGCAUCCAAAUGGAAAUACCAGUGCCUGGGCAUCCUGUUUCUUCCAGCAAAAUGGCAAGUGUGCUUGAUGACUGCAAGCAUCUGCAAACAUUAGUGGCUGCCAAUGAUGCAGUCUUCUUGUUAACUGACAAAUGGGAGAGCAGGUGGCUUCCAACUCUUCUCUGUGCAAGUGAAAACAAGAUUGCUAUUAGUGCAGUAUUAGGAUGUGACAGUUACCUUGUCAUGCGGCAUGGUGCUGGGCCAGGAACAAGUGGGGGUGCCGAUGAAGUGAUUACUCAGAUAGUAAAUUUGUCCACAGAAGAUGCUCUUGGUCAUCAAAGAUUGGGCUGUUGUUUCUGCAAUGAUGCCGCUUCCCUUAUUAACCCAAUUCCUUAUGGAACACUACCUGGACUUACCUCAGUUGCAUCUGGCAAAGCAGUGGAGCUCUUUGCUAGGAUGUUACAUCAUCCUGACGAGAUACAUGCCCCAGGCGAUACUGCUGGUAUGGAAACAGAACAUCAGCUUGGUCUAUUGCCGCAUCAGCUACGAGGAUCACUCCCGAAGUGUGUUUUAUCUAUGGAACUGAGCAAUUCCUCAGUCAAUUGUACUGCAUGUUCUGUUGCUGUAUUGUCAGAAUAUAGAAGAAGAGGAUUGGAUUUUGUCAUGCAGGCCAUCAGCUAUCCAACAUAUCUGAAAGAUUUUACAGGCAUUUCUGAUUUGAAAAGGCCAGAUACUUGUCCUAAAAUACCAGCCAGCAUCUCUGUAAAUUCAGACAAGAUUUCUGAUGUCCGAUGUCUACUAUUGGGUGCUGGAACUCUUGGAUGUGAUGUUGCUCGCAUUCUUAUGGACUGUGGUGUACGGAAGCUAACAGUAGUUGAUAGUGGUCGUGUAGUUGUGUCAAAUUUAGCGAGACAAUCACUCUAUACUUCUGAUGACCGUGGUGCUCCAAAAGCAACUGCAAUACUUAGGCAUCUAGUGGAGAGAUGUCCUUCAGUGGAUGCACAAGGCAUUAGAAUGGAAAUACCUAUGCCUGGGCAUCCUGUGUCUCCUGGUGAAGCAGCUGGUGUGCUCCAAGAUUGCGAGCGCCUUAAGGAAUUAGUGGCUUCCCACGAUGCUGUCUUCUUGUUGACUGACACAAGAGAAAGUAGGUGGCUUCCAACUCUCCUCUGCACUAAUGAAAACAAGAUUGCUAUUACUGCAGCAUUAGGGUAUGAUAGUUACCUUGUUAUGCGACAUGGGGCUGGUCCUGGCAUAAGCUGUGAAGCUUCCAGUGUGGCCACUGCCACAGAUAAGCUAUCCACAGAGGAUGCCCUUGGGCGUCAAAGGCUGGGGUGUUAUUUCUGCAAUGACGUCAUUGCUCCUGUUGAUUCAGUUUCCAAUCGGACACUGGAUCAACAAUGUACAGUGACACGACCUGGGUUGGCCUCUAUUGCAUCUGGACGCACCGCAGACCUUUUCACAAGAAUGUUACAUCAUCCAGAUGGGAUACAUGCUCUAGGAGAGAUUGCUGGUACAAGCAGUGGUCAUGACCAUGGCCUAUUACCUCACCAGAUGCGUGGAUCACUAUCGCAGUACAACUUAUUAACCCUGUUGGGCUAUUCCUCGAGUAAUUGCACGGCAUGUUCCAAUGCGGUAUUGUCUGAAUAUCGGAGGAGUGGAAUGGAUUUUGUGAUGCAAGUGAUCAAUGAACCAACUUAUUUGGAAGACCUAACUGGCCUCACGGACUUGAUGAAAUCCACAUCUUACUCACAGGUCGAGUGGGUGGAUGAAACUGAUGAAGACGAUUUCUUCGAGGUCUGA